AUGGGACGUCUAAAGAACGAGCGAGAGCCUUUCAGUCGCGGGCAGAACAGGCGAAGAGACAGCUUCACACCCUCCUCCUCCGGAACACCCAACCUCGUCUCGACCUCCCUGCACGACCUCAAGGGCUCGGUGAACCGGCCCGUCUCCCGCCAUGGCCUCCUCGGCUCCGGCUCCCCUAGUCCCGAGGCAUCGGCAUCGGCGGCGUCGUUAUCGCCUCGGCCGCUGGUAGUUCCGGUCCCGACUCCGACCUCGGUCCCGGAGUCAGAUUCGCCCGCUUCUGGAUCUGGAUCUGGAUCCGGACCAACGCCACCCAGUCUCGCCCCGUCACCGCUCCCAGCACCCACACCCACGCCGGCGUCGGCGUCCCCCGCCGCGACCCUGAUCCCCGAUCACAGGGGCUGCCCCACGUGCGCGCUUCACCGGCUCCAGAGGAACCACACCUCGGUCUGGCACGCGCCCGGCGGGACGCGGAGCAUCAUACAGCUGGUCGUCCAGCAUGCCCGGAGACCGUGGGAGCGGCCCACCCUCAUGGACGAGAUCAACAUGCGCCGGGUGUGUUCGCUGGUGAACCAGUACGUCAACUGUACCACGAGCCAGCGCAUCAUGGCGUUGGAGCUUUGCGAUGAUUGCGAGGAGAGGUAUCUCUUUGAGAUGGACUGA